GAAUGGAUUCAAUCAGGGGCAUUCUGACUCGGGAUAUUUGAGACCCUGCUCUUACAGGAAUCAAUCCGUGGAUGAUGCACAGCCUGAAUGAGAUCUCUCUUUUCGGCUCCACUUUUAGCCAGCUGCACAAGCUACACACCAAUUAGCUUUAAACUACUGUUAUUUAUAGCAAAGAAGAGGUGGGAGGGGGGGUUCUGUGGGACUAUACCUCCAACCCAUCAUCACCGGUCAAACCUCACGCGUCCUUCUGGUCGUUUUUUUUCUUCUUCUUCUUUCCACUCUGAAUAAUGUUGCUUUAAGAAGAAGAAAAAGAGCCCGGGAAAUACUUUAUUCUAGGCCUGCACUGAGGUGGUGGAAACCGGGCCGGCUCUCUCUUCCAGCAGCUGGCCGCAUGACAAACAAGUGCAUGGGAGUAGCCUGCAGGGCCCGGCGUUAGAAUCACGACCGGUCCUCCGCGCCUCUCUGCCGCCGCCUGGGAUGUGCGUGACGGCGUUACGCACAGGAGCAGGAGCGACCGCCGUCUUCAUCCGCCUCACCGCAGGCGUGUAGAGUUUCACCUCGGGGAAAAGGAUGAGCAGCAAGGAGCUGACGGUGGGCCCGUCCAACCAGUACGUGGGGCCCUACCGGCUGGAGAAGACCCUCGGGAAGGGACAGACAGGGCUGGUGAAGUUGGGCGUCCACUGCAUUACCGGACAGAAGGUGGCCAUCAAGAUUGUCAACAGGGAGAAACUCUCUGAAUCGGUUCUAAUGAAGGUGGAGAGAGAAAUAGCUAUUCUUAAACUAAUAGAGCACCCUCACGUUCUGAAGCUGCAUGACGUCUAUGAGAAUAACAAAUACCUGUACCUGGUUUUGGAGCACGUGUCCGGCGGAGAGUUAUUCGACUACCUGGUGAAGAAGGGCAGGCUGACCCCCAAAGAGGCCAGGAAGUUCUUCAGACAAAUCAUCUCUGCCCUCGACUUCUGCCACAGUCACUCCAUAUGUCACAGAGACCUGAAGCCAGAGAAUCUUCUCCUGGAUGAGAAGAAUAACAUCAGGAUAGCAGACUUCGGCAUGGCCUCGCUACAAGUUGGGGACAGUCUAUUGGAAACCAGUUGUGGAUCCCCACAUUAUGCUUGCCCAGAGGUCAUAAGGGGAGAGAAGUAUGACGGUCGCAGAGCCGAUGUCUGGAGCUGUGGAGUCAUCCUCUUUGCUCUUCUUGUCGGUGCCUUGCCCUUCGACCAUGAUAACCUGCGGCAGCUUCUAGAAAAAGUGAAGAGCGGGGUAUUCCACAUGCCCCACUUUAUACCUCCUGACUGUCAAGCUUUGCUUAAAGGAAUGAUAGAAGUCAACCCUGACAAGAGACUCACGCUAGAAGCAAUACAAAAACACCCCUGGUACCAGGGUGGCCGUAAUGAGCCUUGCCCAGAGCAGCCGCCGCCUCGCCGCGUGUGUGUGAAGAGGAUCCUGUCCUUAACAGACCUGGACCCUGAUGUCCUGGAUAGCAUGUCCUCCUUGGGGUGCUUCAGAGACCGGGUCAAACUCACACAGGACCUUACAAGUGAGGAGGAGAACCAGGAGAAGAUGAUCUACUACCUCCUGUUGGACAGGAAGGAGCGAUACCCCAGCUGUGAAGAUGAGGAUCUGCCCACCAGAAAUGACCUUGACCCACCCAGAAAGCGGGUGGACUCGCCCAUGCUGACGCGUCAUGGUCGCUGUCGUCCAGAAAGGAAGAGUCUGGAGGUCCUCAGUGUCACAGACCAGGGGUCUCCCACCCCACCUCGCAGGGCCCUGGAUACUAAUGCACACAGCCAGAGGUCUCGCUCAGUCAGUGGAGCGUCCACAGGUCUGUCCUCCAGUCCUCUCAGCAGCCCCAGGAGCCCGGUCUUCACUUUCAGCCAAUCAGAAGUUGCCUCCGCUUCCUCCUCCAAAGAACCCAAACCAGGAAGUGCCACCACGUCUCGGCCCGCCCGUCCACCACCCGACCCAAAAACACAGACCCUGCCCACAAAGGGCCAAGCUGACCGGCCCCACCUCCACUCCAUGAAGUCCCUCCCCCUCCAGACCCCACGCUCCCCUUCCCCGUCCCCCUCACCACUCCUCUCCCCCAUCCCACGCUUCUUCAACUUCCCCUCUCCAUCCGUCUUCAAGUCCAAGAACGUCCAUUCGUCCUCUAACUCCUCUGCCACCCCUCCCCCUGUGUCGCAGGUCACACCGCAGGGCUCGCCGCUGCCCACCCCGCUGGGCACGCCCGUGCACCAAAUCCACCACCCUUCCUCCACCACCCCUCCCUCCUCCUCCUCCUCUUCCUCUUCUUCCAGGGCGGACGGAGCUGGCGGGGCCUCGCUGUCGCUGACGCCGCCCUCCAGCCCGGGCGGCAGCGGCAGUCUGGCCGCCUCGAGCUCUGCCCACUGGAGAACGAGGCUCAACUCGUUCAAGAACAACCUCCUGGGCUCGCCGCGCUUCCAUCGGCGCAAACUGCAAGUCCCCACAUCAGAGGACAUGUCCAGUUUGACGCCAGAGUCCAGUCCAGAGCUGGCGAAGAAGUCCUGGUUCGGUAACUUCAUCAGCCUGGAGAAAGAGGAGCAGAUCUUCGUCAUGAUUCAGGACAAGCCGCUCAGCUCCAUCAAGGCGGACAUCGUCCACGCCUUUCUCUCGAUCCCGUCCCUCAGCCACAGUGUGGUGUCUCAGAACAGUUUCCGAGCAGAGUACAAGUCCUCCGGCGGCCCCUCUGUCUUCCAGAAGCCUGUCAAGUUCAAUGUGGACAUCGCUUUCUCCGAGGGAGAGAGAGAGCGAGAGAGGGAGCGAGUGGAGAGGGAGGGAAGACGAGAGAUGGGCAUCUACAGCGUCACCUUCACCCUAAUAACAGGUCCCAGUCGCAGAUUCAAGAGAGUGGUGGAAACAAUUCAGGCUCAGCUCCUGAGUACUCAUGAUCAGCCUUCUGUGCAGGCACUGGCUGACGAGAAGAACGGGCAGCUCUCCCGCCAGCCCAGCACGCCUUCGCGUCAGAACUCUCGGCGCUCCGAGAGCGGUUCCGAGCGGGAGCGGGGAGAGAAGGAGCGUGCGGCGGACGCCGGGGGCGGGAGCGUCGGCGGGAACGGGGGCACCUUGCAGAGGCGGGGCUCGGGGAAGGACAAGACCAGACUCCUCUCGUCGUCCAACGGGACGCAGUCCCAUCCCUGAUAAGGAAUGUCGUGUGGAAGAGAGGCGAGGGUCAUCUGCCUGGCCUUUUUCCUCUUCCCUCCCUCAAUCCUUCCCACAUUCUUUCCUUCCCUAUUUCCUUACCUCCUGCCUUGCUUCCUACCAUUAUUCCAAAGCUAAGGGACGGAGGAUGGGGAAAGUUCUUCCUUGAAGCUGAUCCGCGGGGGAUACGAUGGAGAAUUCCCCACAAACGACAGAUAUUUUGCAGAAAUGCGUACUUAUGGGGGUGGCGGAGGCCGGUUGAGCUGAUCUCAAAUCAGCCUUCAAAGGGCAGCUCCACCUCGGAAGGGGGGAGGGCAGGCCCGAAGACAGGGUGCCCCACCUGACCAGAGAAAUGCAGGAAAAAGUGCUCACAGGCAGGGGAACACGUCGUCCACUCGUUUCAACAAAUCAAGAAAGCACAACACCUUCCCAUCAACCAACACAGGACUCAAAAAACAACAGGAAACCUCCACUAGGUAGUAAUGGCACAGGGAGACACUGGCCAAUGACAGGGCCCCUUGAGCCAUUCUCUUCUAUCAUUUUCUGACCAGGCAACAAUCACGUGGAUCGUCACCUCAACACUUGUCGAGUCACAUGACCAGGAAAUCCCCACUCCCAUCUUCUCCCCACUCUCAAGCUGAAGGCAAGUGUGUGCUCUCAAAGCAAAGCAACGAAAUGAGGACAACCUUUCGAGAACGCGUCACAGGAGGGGUCUUGAUUUAGACUUGAUUGUUGAAAUGGCUUUUUUUCUUCCUGUUUGCUAAUUAGCAAACAUAAUGCUGUAACACCUCAACAAUCAAGGCGCCUUGAGAGCAGCGAAGGGAACGACCUGACGCGAGACAGACAGUGCAGCUUUUCCCCCCCCGAGUGUUCGAGAGGCAUAAACCCCCACAAGUUAUUUCCGAAUUACACAGAUAAAGCUAUGAUACCGUGUUGCCUUUAAUGGAGGAGAGAAAGUGGAUAGCUAGUUAGAUUUAGCCCCAUUUUGAGGACACUAGUCACACCACAGGUAGAAUGUCUCUUGAGGGAAACGUCCCACCGGAGGAGGGGGAGCUGAACAGAUAGAUUGAGACUAGCAACAGGUAUCCAUUUGGUAGCAGAGGAAGGACAAAAGAAAAUAAGAAGAAAAAAAUGUAUUGCAUCUUAAGCUAACAUAGAGAUGGCAAUGAAAAAAAAAACAAAAAAACUCUUCAAGUCCAUGAAAUGACAGUAAUUGAAGGUGGAAUUAGAGUAAAGCUGGUCAAACAGGACAUACAAGCUUUUUAGACCCACAUUUAGGGAACUAAAGACCCUCUGAUGCUCCUUUAGGUUUGACAAUGGACGCAGGAGGACGCAGGAGGACGCAGGGCGACGCCUAAGCCCCACCCUGAAGUUACUGUCUCCCUCUCUGAAGGGAGAGAGGCGGGUGGAGUUGAACAAAUGAUGUCCUUUUUCACAAGUGGGAAAAGUCGAUCGCAAAGAAAGACAAAAGGACUCUGGCGUGUCUGUUGUCAAAAACAGUGCACAAAU